GUCCGGGCACUUCCGGUGUCCCGGCGCUUUGGCUUGGGGCUGUGUGCUCGGCCCCGGCCCCGUCUGGCUGGGUUCGUCCUUUUUGGAACAGAAGUAAGCUGUGAAUAAAUGCUGCUCUUGCGAGAAGAGAACCCUUACACAGCUGGAGCUGCACUACAACGGUGGAAAUUUUCUCAGAUUCUUUUACUGCUAAAAUCAUCACUACAUAAGAUGCAUCCAGACCUGUCUCCUCACCUGCACACUGAAGAAUGUAACCUCAUUAUCAGUCUGCUCAAGAAGUGUCACAAGGAGCACAAUGUUCUGAGGUUUUUUGGCCAUUGCAAUGAUAUCGACCGUGAGAUGCGGAAGUGCUUAAAGAAAGAGUAUGAAGAAAAAAGGGCCAGGAACAAGGAGUUGCGUCGGAAAAUAAUUAAUGCUCACAAAAACCUUGAGAAGUGAGCUAUACUAUAUAUGGACAAUUGCAUCUCAAUAGAGACACUCACUUGAAAGUUGAUAGAAUAUCUCUUUCAUAUUGCCAUUAUUCAACCUGUGGUUUGUGAAAUGGUGGAAAAAUAAACAUACCUAAAACAUAUUAAUUUCCAGAAAGAUAAACUGAAUGUGGGAAAAAUACAAUGAUUUCUCACAAGUUAACUUUUGGCCUCAAAAAGACACCUGUUGUGACAACUUGUGAUUCUGUCAUAAUUUUGUUAUGACUAUUAAGUAAUGAUGUAUCAAAUAUCAAUGUGUGUGGAGUAUUAUGCAUUCAAAGCUGCAGCAUUCCCAAUCCUGUGUUGAGUUGCAUUUAUUCCUUCACAGUUAGUAGUUUCUCUUUCAUCUUUUUUUCCUUGCAAAAUGCUGAAUGAUUUAUCACAACACUAUGAAGAGUGAAUGAAAACAGUGUUUAAAUGGAUUACUAGAAAUGAAUUUCAAACCAAUGUGGUUUGAAAUUGAAGAUGGCCUAUCAAGCAAUUAGUGGAGUUCUAGUAUUUUUGCUGAAGCCAAAAUGACGAAACGACCAUUUUCCAUUGAGAAUAUUAACAAUUCUUCCUGCCAACUGUAAGUACAGAAUAGACUGCCGUAAGUUAACUUGUUUAUCAUAUGUGAUGCAAAUUGCUUUAGAAACUCAGAAUGGAACUUCUUCAGGGAUUCUAAAGCACUGCCUUCAUUUACACUGAGUACAGUCAGAGUAUGCUGAGCGCUGCCAAAAAUACAAGCUAUGUUGUUCAUCUACGUACACUAAUACAAAGGGGACGUUAAGUCAUGAUUACUGCUGUUGAAGAAAAACUCAGGUUAGAAAAUGCAUCUUGCCUUUCAGUUGCUCAAAUCAAUGAGCAGUGUGCUAAUCAAGCUGCCUCAUUAGCUACAAGUGUUGUUCAUUUGCUAUCUAACUGCAGAAAGUUCUGAACAUAUUUCUGAAUGCCAAGAAUUUGAUAUGAGGAUGCUGUGUUGGCUUAUGUAGCAAUGGAGCUGCUUUGUUGAAUGUCUCUUGGAUUCCCCUUAUUUUUUUUUUUUAAUGACUUUACCGUUUUGCUUAGCAAGAAGACUACUUAAAGCAAAAUUUUAUUGAGUUAAAUAUAAUAAAUCUCUUGAAGUCUUUUGAGGAAAGAGCCUACUGUCAAUGAAUUCAACAGUUUGUAUAUCAAUGCUAGUUCUUGUAACAGUCUUACAUUAAGUUCUUGCAUCUGUUUUGGAACAAAACUGUAUUUUGAAAGGUAAGUUAGAAGUAUUUGACUUGUUUUUCAAUACCUGGAUGGACCCAGUUGUGUUGGUAAAGCAUGACUGCAAAAGUAUAUGCAGAAGGUGAGAGUUCCAAGAAAAACUGAAACUAUUACUGGUGUAUAUUUUGAUGUGCUCUCUAUUUCUUAGGAUAAAUAAAUGAUAUGUUAUGUAAAUUAAAUGCUCUAGUGGUUGGAAA